AUGACAAAAAAUUCAGAUACUGAUACUGAAAAUGAUGACGAACAAGAAGAAAAAUGUUUUGAACCUAUAUUUUAUUUUGAACAUUAUAAAUAUGGAAAAAUUCCAUCAUAUCAUUUUAAUAUUGGUGAUUCUGUUGCAUUAAUUGAUCAAGAACAAUUAGAUGAAUAUUUAUCUAAACAAAAUAAAACUGAUGAAAAUCCUCCAUUACGUUUAUUUCAUCAAUCAUUUGGAAUAAUUUCAAUUAAACCAUUUUUAAAUUUAUCAGAUAAUAUUGAUAAAGAUCAAUUAAAAAAUUAUGCACAAGAUCAAAUAAGAAAUGUAGAAAAUAAUUUAACCGAUGAAAAUGAAUAUUGUCAUGUUACAUUAAAUAAUAGUCAACGUCAAGCAAUAAAAAAUGCAUUAGAAAAUCGUUUAACAUUUAUUCAAGAUCCACCUGGAGGACAACCAAUAUUAAUUUGUGCAGAAACACAUCAAGCAGUAGAUAAUUUAACACGACAUUUAUUACAAUAUCGGCAAUAUCGUUUAAUUCGUUAUGGUGAACCAAGAACUGUUGCUUCUGAUCUACGUGUGAUCUUUUUUUGUUUUAAUAUUCAUUUUUUUACUUAA